AUCAAAUUUAUACAGAUUUGAUUUAUCAAUUUUUUUUCAAACCCAACAAAUUGACUUAUCAUUUACUCUAUAUUUAUUAAUGCAAUAGUGCGGUUAAAAGUAAUAAAUUUAUAAUGACCCGGGGCAUCGCCCGGGCCAAUAGCUAGUUAAUUCCCACAAAAUCCUUUACUUUCUUCUCUAUUCUUAAAUUUAUUUUGUUAAAGUCAAAACGUUUUAUUUAUUCAAAUUUAAAUACGAGAUACUAUUCUCCUCUAAAAAAAAAAACAAAAUACUAGACAGUGGGGGUAAGGAACCCCACCACCAAUGAGCCUGGCUUGGUGACACUAUGCCGAUUAUGGGGUAUAGAAUCGGGUUGAAUUAUAUGCGGUUCCGAAUAAUGUAAUAUUAUUAACAGUCAAUAUAUAAAAAUAAUACUCAACAAAGUUGAACAAGAAGUAGAAGAAAAUGCACCCCAUAUUCAUAUUCAUAUUCUGAAGCCUGGCAAUUUGAUUCAAUUCAAUCUCUCUCUUUCUCACUCCAAACAUUCUCAAUUCUCUUCAGCAAGACAUGCAGGACAUGCAUAAGGAAUGAAUAAUAAAAGUUCCCCAAUUAUGCAUUAAAGGAGUAAAAAUGGCAGCAAUAAGUAGACAUGUACUCUUUGAGAAACCCCUAUUCGAAGGAAAAUCAUUCAACAAUCAUACUUGGAGGGUUUCUCGAAUCACAUUCUCGGGAUCCGCAAGAUCAGAGCUUUCAUGGUCUUGUGCAGUCUCGGGAUCCAGAUUGUUUCACCCUCAUCAGAAUGCUGCAUUCACUAAAUUGGGAAAGCAGAGGAAAACUCUAGCAGCAAUAACUGCGUCCUUGAGUAAUAGGACCUCAAUGUAUUUUGAUUUUGCAGUGAUUGGAAGUGGGGUUGCUGGCCUUCGGUAUGCUCUUGAGGUUGCGAAGCAUGGAACUGUUGCUGUGAUAACCAAGGCUGAACCUCAUGAGAGCAAUACAAACUAUGCUCAAGGUGGUGUUAGUGCAGUGCUAUCUCCUUCAGAUUCUGUAGAAAGUCACAUGCAAGAUACCAUUAUUGCGGGAGCUCAUCUAUGUGACGAGGAGACCGUCAGGGUUGUAUGCACUGAAGGCCCAGAAAGAAUUAGAGAACUGAUUGCAAUGGGAGCAUCCUUUGAUCAUGGCGAUGAUGGAAAUUUGCACCUAGCUAGGGAGGGUGGGCAUUCCCAUCGCAGAAUUGUUCAUGCGGCUGAUAUGACUGGAAGGGAGAUAGAGAGGGCACUAUUAGAAGCAGCUGUCAGGGACCCUAACAUCUUCUUGCUUCAACACCAUUAUGCUAUCGAUCUAUUGACUUCCCAGGAUGGUUCCAACACUGCUUGUCAUGGUGUUGACACUUUAAAUACUGAAACACUGGAGGUGGUGCGAUUUCUAUCAAAAGUGACUUUACUUGCAUCUGGUGGUGCUGGUCAUAUCUACCCAACUACGACAAAUCCUCUGGUAGCAACUGGAGACGGAGUUGCUAUGGCCCAUCGAGCCCAAGCCGUAAUCGCAAAUAUGGAGUUUGUUCAGUUUCACCCAACAGCCUUAGCAGAUGAAGGCCUUCCUGUAUCACCGGUGAAGGCCCGAGAAAAUGCGUUUCUCAUAACAGAAGCUGUGAGGGGAGAUGGAGGGAUCCUUUACAAUUUAGACAUGGAAAGAUUUAUGCCUCUGUAUGACGAGAGAAUGGAGCUUGCACCCAGAGAUGUGGUUGCAAGAAGUAUAGAUGAUCAAUUGAAAAAGCGAAAUGAGAAAUAUGUUCUCCUCGACAUUAGUCACAAACCACAAGAUGAGAUCCUAUCUCAUUUUCCUAACAUUGCAGCUGAAUGUCUCAAGUUUGGCCUUGACAUAACACGACACCCAAUCCCUGUGGUCCCUGCUGCUCAUUACAUGUGUGGAGGAGUUCGAGCUGGGCUCCACGGGGAAACAAAUGUGACAGGCCUCUACGUUGCAGGAGAGGUUGCUUGCACAGGCUUGCAUGGAGCUAAUCGGCUCGCAAGUAAUUCAUUACUUGAAGCCUUAGUUUUUGCAAGAAGAGCUGUGCAGCCUGCAAUAGACCAUAUGUGUAACUCAAAACUCAAUUUAAAUGCUUCUGAUAGGUGGGCGAAACCAAUGGUAGCUGCAUCACUUGGUGAUGAUGUACUUGGAAAACUCAUAACUAAGACAAAAGAAAUAAGGAAAGAACUACAAGCCGUUAUGUGGACAUAUGUUGGAAUUGUAAGGUCCACAGCUAGACUAACGACUGCAGAGCAGAAAAUCGCCAGGUUGGAAGUUAAAUGGGAGGAAUACUUGUUUCAACAUGGAUGGAAGCCAACAAUGGUUGGACUUGAAGCUUGUGAAAUGAGGAACCUCUUUUGUUGUGCCAAGUUGGUAGUCAGCAGUGCUUUAUCAAGAACUGAGAGCCGUGGCCUUCACUAUACCACUGAUUUCCCUCAUCUAGUGGAAAGCAAACGGCUCCCAACCAUUAUUUGGCCUUCCUCACAUAUCAACAAUACAUGGAGUUCGAGGCAACUUCAUCAGCAGUCAAUCUGCCUAUAGUAUUAACUCUUAUGGCUCAUUUGGUAAUUUUGUGAUAAUUAGGUGAUAAUUGAUGAUGAGCUUAUAUGUAAUUUUGUGAGGCACUGCCGAAUCUAAUAUUUUUUUUAUAAGUGAGUUCAAAUCAAAUGUAAAUAAAUUCAUUUAUAUAAAAUAUUAAAAAAAA